AUUUACAUUGAACCUUAUGGGGAAAUUUAACUUGGCUCAUGUCCAGUUUGGGUCAUGACCAGAGUCCUGGAAUGGAUUAAGUUCGUGAGCCAAGGUACCACUGUAUUUAUUCUGAAUUUGAUCGUACUUGCACUGCAACUGUGUUUCUGGAUUGACACGCUCUUUCAGUGACCCCCACACUUCAGUGUGUCUCUGCAGAUUCAUCUUGAGAUUUGAUGCCUGUGAUAAAGGGGACUAUAUUCCAUGGGAGUUUGUGCUAAAAUAAAUGUGUCAGUCUUUAAGGUACCACAAGACUCUGUUGCUUUUAUGGCAACAGAUUAACUUGGCUACCCAUCUGGAUUUUGAGAUUUGUGUCUCUCCAUCACCACCUCUUUCUAAUUGCUUCAGCCAGUAGGUCAAACAUAAUGCCUCAUGCUAAAUAGAUUUCUGAGUUUUAUAGCAUAUACAGAGUUCAUUGUAGAGAAAAUGGACUUCAACCAUAUCUGAGAGAUCUCCAGUUAGCUGUUUUGGGAAGAUCUUGUCUAAGGGCUCUUUUUGCUCACACAGGUAAGCCAGGUAUGUUGCAGUAUACAAAUCUGGCAUAAUAAUGCCUUUUAAAGUAGGAUAAACUUCAGUUGAACUAGAGCUAUAAAGCUUUGUUAAAUCUCCCACGAAAUCAUUUCUGAAAGCCAGGAUUUAAGCAGAUACGUCAUUGAGUAAGUGACAUUUAGACUGACUGUAUUGAAAUUGACAAUAAUAUAAGACAAGUGCAAAACUUCAGAAAAGUGGGGCAGAGGAGAAUAAAGUCUCUGGGGUUUGGAGAGGAGAGGUUCUGGUAUUUUGUUCUCUUCAGGUUCCUGCUGUCAUACACCCCCAUAAACCUGCUUUCCAUUUGAAUUCAUAAUAGAGAAAGGAUAAUGAUAAUCAUUUGUUCCAUAGGUUGUGAACCUACCUACAGCCAGUCAUGUACUAGGGAGAAAGUUUAGCUUUCUGUUUAGAUAUAGUCUUGGUUUUCACAUAUUAUCACUUCAUUUCUGCACCACCCAAUAUGCUAACCAUUGUUUUAUUUACAUGGUUUCUUGCCUUCCCUAGCCGUUGCCCAAUAGAUGAUUGACCAAAACAUGAUUUGUAUUCUCAAAUCCUGGCUAGUUUCUCUUCUCCUUUGCUUGUACCCUCCCCCUGUCCUAGUUACUUUGCAGCACUGCAGCACUGGCAUAUAGAGCAGCUGACCUUUUUAACCAUCCCUAGCCAUUACUUUUGCUUGCUAUUACUGUAGCCUAAUGAAACAAUCUUUAGUUCUUACCAUCUGUCCAGUGGGGCCAACCAGUGAACUGUAGUGGAAACCUUGGACUGAAUUCAACAGGUGCUUACACACACCACCAAUUCCUUUCUACGAGUGGAAGGUUCCAUCAUUAUUGCAAGGGAAAUCCAGCACUUCGUACAAAAGCUUGUUUCUAGAAGGACCAUCUCAUUGGUUUCUGCUCUGUAGAAUUAGGAUGAAUAGAAUGUUGUUUAAACUGUUUCCCAGUAUUUCGGUCUACAUUGUUUCAGAAACUUAACAUGGUAUAUAAACAAUCUAACAACAACAACAGUAGCAACUUUAUGCUUGAUUGUAUUAUUUUCUCAUGUUUUUAACCAUUGCUCCUUGUCAGAUGCAACACUGUCUGAUAUACUGGGAUUGUUUUUGACAGACAGUAGGUGUUGAACACAAAGUCCCUGUGGAUAGCUUAGAGCAGGAAAUGUCUGCUUCCUGACUACAACUUUAACAUUACGCCGAGCUAGCUAUUUUUGCAUUUUGCAUUAUUGUCCUGAAUGAAUUCUUUUGCCAGAGGAAAAAGAAUCUUACCUUUCUAGAGAACUAAAGUUAUUGGCACAAAAUCUAAUGGUAACAAUCACAUAUAAAGGUUACCUGUCAGUCCAGGUUUAUUAAACAGUAGUGUGCACAAUGAGUGUGCCGGUAUGUGCCAUCCAUUCGCCCCUCCCUUUGCACAAGUUGGUAAAGAAACCAACAAAUCACAGUUAAGAAUAAACUCCUGUUAAAUCUGAACUAAGGGCUGUAGUUAAUUCCUGCCAAACAAGCAAAGGUUAGAAGCCAGCUUUAAAGCUUCCAUUCCUGGUUUCUUUUGAAGCCAUUUACUGUUAGCCAUUUACUGUUACUGCCCAGUAAUCAGCAGCUAUGCUGAACUCUAACUUGUUGCAGCCAUUCAUAUAAAAGAAGGAAUGAUUUGGGAAUGGUCACGUGCGAUGCGCUGCUGAACUACUGUGCACAUCAUAGUUUCGUAAGCCACACCGUUGGCUUACUUUUCUGUGUAAAUGCAGGCAAUAGAAUGUUUCUAUGUCAAGUCAAAACAUCAAAUGAAGAUAAGCUGUCACAACUGCUCAAAAGUAUAGUUAUUUACUGGAAAGCCUCUUUAAAGGUGACAUAGAAUAGGAUGGGGAUAAUCUUGUUAAUUUUAUAAAAUAUUUUAAAUUCUAAAAACAAUUUCCUGUCCUAAACACUCAAGUAGCUGUAGUUAUUACAGUCUGAAGUAUGCAAGUAGAUGCACCCAGAUUAGAAUUAUACUAAGAACGAAAGCAGUAAUUGAUUAUGGAGGGAAACUAUUAUGGAGACAAUUGACACAUAAUUAUAUCAUAGAGCAGCAGUCAAUUUAAAUUCAAUAUUUGCAAGUGUUUUUCUUUAGUAAACUGCCUGUUGUGUCAUCUUUUUACAAAUAUGCGGUGGAAAAAACUGUUCUGUUAGAUGAGUAACUGAAAAUAAAUCUGUGAAUCAAAACAGAAAGGACUAAAGUCUUCAAGGUCAGUGUGGGAAGCAAAUGCUGCAAAUUGCUGGGAAAGAGAGGAACUAGAAUUUGUGGUUAUACUGCUUUGCACUCCAGUGAGUACUGUCUUCUGGACAAGUUACUUGCUUUACCAAGUACCAAAUUGCCUUUACCAAGGCAAUUUAUGGUGCUGCUCAGACAGUUUUUUAAAUGGCCAAAUGCAGUUAUAGUCCCCAGAGGUAGUCUAUCCCUGGCAUAGGCCCACAUAUAAUUGAGUCGCAGCACAAACCAAUGAAUGUGGGAAAAUCUGUGAAUCAGAUAUGGACAUUCUGAAGGUCAUUUGUAGCUUUAAAUUUCGUACAAGAAGUUCUUAAUAGAAACAGACUGAUGAGAUGCUGAUGCAAACUACAAAAGGAUUGUUGUGGUCUAGGCAGCUUACUUAAGCAACAUUCCAUAAAUGCUUAUGGAAUUCAUGAACUUAAAUCUUAAGUAACAUUAAAGAUAAAGUUCAAAAUAAACUAAAUUGUAUGGAAAAAUUAAAGAUGACCAUCAAAAUAGAUAAAUGGGUGAAACCAAUAUUUGCCCAAACAGUUCUGACAGAGACCAGAUAAGAAUAUGUUUGAAAUCAAGAGGUAGGCUAAAGAACAUGUAAAAACCUGUUUGUCUUCUUGUUUUUAAAUGAAAAUGAACUGUUCAUUUUUUCCCACUAGUUAGUUCAAUAAAUCAGGUGUGGCUUAAGUAAUGUAAUUGUUUUCCUCCAGGGCUCUUUGUAAUCUUCUGCAAGUAGAAAUCCACAGUGCUUAUGUCAAACCUAUGUGUAAUUAAUUUAUUACUUCAGUGAAUAAGAAAAGGCCUGAGCAAGAGUGUAUUUAUGUAUUAUCUGUCCUGAAUCUCUCCCUAAUCAACUACAAGAAUGGGGGGGGGGGAUUUAUUUAUUUGUUUGUUCAUUUAUUCAAGCUUUUGUUGACUGUCACAAUAGCCACAUGGCUCUCAGAAGGGUUUACAGUAGUUAAAAAACAAUCUAACAAAACAUAAAAAACAUAAAAGUAUCUGCCAGUAGGUUUUCUCUUCACACACAUGAUUUUGUAAGCUUGUAUCAUGUCUCCCCUACUCAACUUUUUCCUAAGCUGAACAAUCAUAGAUGUUGUAACCUUUUCUCAUAAGACAGUUGUUCCAGGCUGUUGAUGAUUUUAGUUACCCUUUUCUGCCCAUUUUCCAACACUACAGUAUCACCUAGGUGUGAUGACCAGAACUAUGUGCAGUAUUUUCAGUGUGACUGCACCAUAGCUUUGCAUAAAGUGUGCAUAAGGUGAGCAUAAUAUUGGCAGUUUUAUUUGCAGCUCCCUUCCUAAUUUAUGGCAGGGUGUUUGCCAUUUUCACAGUGGCCACAAAUGGGCUUGACGGUUCCAUCCCAACCCCAAGAUUUCAUCUCUGGCCAUUCACCACUACAUCAGAGCCCAUCAGUUUAUACAUGUACCUGGGAUUUCCUCCCCCCCCCUUUUUUUUUUUUUUACUCCAGCAUGCAUCAGUUUAUUCUUGCUUAUGCUGAACUGCAUGUGUCAUUUUAAUGUAAGUUCUCCCAGACUGAGAGAUAGUUUUGGAAUUUCUGUCAAUCCUGUUUCAUUUUAAGCAUUUGAAAGAAUUUGGUGUCAUUAUCAAAAUCAGCCACUUCACUGCUCAAUUCUAAUUCCAAAUAAUUUAUGAAUAAAUGUUAAACAUUGUCCCACAAAAGAUUCCUAGGAGAUCUAGCUGUUGGCAUCUCUCCACUGGGAGAAUUUACCAUGUAUUCCUUUUCUCUGCUUUCUGUUCUUUAACCGGUUUCUGAUCCUUAAGAGGACCUCCCUGCUGACUCCAUGACUGCUAAGUGUGCUCAGGAGCCUUGGGUGAGGGACUUUGUCAAAAGCCUUUUGGAAAUCCAGGGCAACUGUUUCAGAACUGUUACAGAAAUUCUAGGAAGCAGUACUAAACAUGGAUGGUGUGUUCCUCACAGAGACAAGAGCCAAUUCUAUCUUAAAAAGAUAUCCACGGGCUAAUGGACUUUGGGAAGAGCUUAAGCAAGGAAACAUUGAACGUGAAUGCUUUGAAGAACGUUGUGAUAAAGAAGAGGCAAGAGAAGCUUUUGAAAAUGAUGAGAAGACGAUGGAGUUUUGGAAAGAGUACACAAAUGGACGCCAUGGAGAAAGUAGCACAGUACAUAACUGGUAUCCAUUUUACCUUGUAUUUCCAUUAAUUAUUGGCCUUUUAAUUAUCAUUCUUAUCAUAUUUGUCACUUGGAGAUGCCUGUUCAAAAAGAAAAUGCGAAGACGGUCCAUGUAUGCACAUAACAGAACCAGAGAAAUAACAGGUGAGAGAAACAUUGCUGACGGUAGAAGUUCCCUUCCUCAGCCACUCAGCAUUCUUCAGUCCCCACAAGAAGAGAUGUUUGAAGGCAGUGUACACUCUCCGGGAUAUCUGAGCUACACAGAUGCGCAUGCAGACUCCAUAUCAAUAAGGCUAUCAGGCUGUGACCCACCUCCUUCGUAUGAAGAAGUUGCCGGUGAAAAUGGCAUGAGAAGAAAUGAAAUGGAAAAUCACUUGGAUCCACCUCCUCAAUAUGAAGACAUCAUGAAUAGCAUUCCAGUACCUCCUGUGACCAUCAAAUAAAGCAGGAAGAGUACUAAAUCAUUUCCUAAGAAGGGUCGGGGAGACCCUAGGACUUUUUAGCACUUUAUUGCAGCUUGAUAUUUAUAUAUUUCAAGUAUUUCUACUGUAUUACACUACUUCCUCUUCCUCUAUCCCAAAUUUGGUCUGCCCUGUGGAAUGUCUUCUUUUCUGGGAGACAAUCAAUCAUCAGUGUGGUUGUAUGUACUUCCAGAGAUGCCAAUUAAGUCAGUUGGUAUUCUUUUUUAUAUUAUUACUGAAAGCAGUUUUGUAGUAAAUUUAACAGACUCAGUAAUGACAAAAUUAGAGGAUUAAUGCCAAAAAGGGAACAGGGUAAUUACAAUUCUCUUGAGAGGCCCAAAUAAAACUCUUUUUUGCCCUUAUCAUUCAUCAGUAGUCACACAGAACCGGAACAAGCAAAUAAACUGGCACAAAUGGUGAUACCCAUCUUUCUGCCAGAGAGAGCCAGUUGUCAUAAGUGAAGCUGAAAUAUUUUAAUAGUGCUCUUUAGUGUGAGAAAUGCAGUAGAGUGAUGAUUCACUGAAUGUUCAACCAAAAAAGAAAACAUUCUUUUUUUCUUCUAGGGAAAAUUAAUAAAUAGAUUUUCUAAAACUGGGACCGGGAAACACAUGCUGAUAGUCAAAAUUAAUGUUGUCGUUGUCUCUGCACAGCUUAUUUCUGUUCACCUGCCAUGUUGCACAGUGGUUCCUGUGGGUUAUUUUUAUAAAAUUAGUGAAUAUAAAAUGAUCCAGUGGUUUUCUGGAUUAAAUGUUUUUCUUCUGCUUAGUAACUCUAGUGCACUACUUACCCAAUAACAAAUGGAAGUGAACCUAAUCAGUGUUUGGCUGUAUCUCAGUGACUUGUACCAAUUCAUACUUGUUUCAUGCUUUGCAGAUUAUAAAAUAGCCUACUGUUCUGGGUUGCAGUUUUCAGUUCUGACUAGUGUGGGCUCUUUGCUUCAACAAAGAGCUUCUGUUAAAGAUGGCUAUUGUCUGUGUUUAUGCAUGCUGGUUUUUAACAUCAGCAAAGAGGCCUGUGCGUAAGAGAGGAAACCUGUAAGUGAAUUUGUUCAACAGUUAAUAUCAAAGUUUGUUUUUAGGGUGCAUGAUGGAGGUUAGUGAUACUUAUUCCUGUUUUAAAAAGCAGUUUGCUUUUGGGGUUGGCAGCUGAUAAACCUGAGCCAUUAAGAAUGCAGAGCAAUCUCCACCCUCAUUGCUAAUCCUUGAAUUUGUAAUAGCAGUUUACCUUCCUCCUUAGAAUGUCAUGCAUAAUGAGAGAAACAUGGGGUCUGGGGAAGGAGAUCAUUGGCAUGGGCAUACUUUUCUCUAUUAAUACCAGUAUCUCUCAGCCAUUUUUGAGCAGUCCAGUUCUCUUUUACCAUUCCAGAUGCUAUGCUUAAGUGACCUCAGAAGAAGAAGCUGCUGGGGGGGGGGGGUGUUCUGUGCUAGCAACAAUUUGGAGAAGGGCAUGCUGACCACAGAACCCUAGUUCUGAUAUUGAAGGUGUUUUCUGAUGUUGGGCUGGGACUGAGAAAAUUCCUGUGGUUCUGUAGGUGCUGUCCAGGUGGCAUAAAAUUGCACUGUGAAGCUCUGAAAAUGUUUGUUCUUUUGAUUCAGUGGAAUAUCUUCUUCCUGUGAUGCUCAGUGAACCUGUGGCAAUUUAGAACAGAUUUUGGUCUUUGUGUCUGACUCAGUUAAGCUGCCAGUUUUUUGGGGGGGGGGGGGUCCUUGAGUUCUUGAGGGCAUGGAUCAUGCUGCGAUCAGAACUGGGUGGUGGUCUUUAUUCCAAGCAUAUUAAGUGAGAUUAAAAAUUGUGAUGUUAGAUUGCAGACACUUGUUAACGCACACUGCUAUCCAUUCUCCACUACCCAUUUUUCUCCCUUGCAUAUGUGCCUUCUUUAUUUCCACCCUGUGUGUUCUUGUUUGUUUCUUUCACAUUCCCCUUGUGUUGUUUCUUUCACCUUUCCCGUACUAAUAUUAACCUGAACUAGUUGAUAUUAGUAAUCAUGUGUACAGAACCCAGAAGCAGUCUUUGGACUAUGUUCAAAUUUUAUGCAGUGUCCUUGCUGGCAAAGAGGGUCCCAUGAGAGUCAUUUUUCAGGGCCCAACAUGGCACUUCACUUUUUGGCAGCAGCAGCUCCUGGGGCUGGGAAGGAAAUUAUUCUACCUUUCUACUUCAGGUAUAAGAAUAUUUACAGCCAGUCUUGCCUCCUAAUUUAUCAUCCCAUGUCUCCCACAAGGAAGCAUUUAUUAGUAUAAUUGUGGUCAUCCACCCUGCCCUGUAGUAAACCAGUGAAAUCAUUACAAGGAGUUAAAUAUGCACAAGCAAAAAAGCCAAUGCAUUAAGUUGGGUGGAGGAGGUGGACUGAACUGUUUUCGACAAAGAACAUAAUACUUGUAUUGUCUGGCAGGGCACUUAACUUUGCUUCUAUGGACUGUAAUUUAGUAUUCUCUGGUGGAAAAGAAUCCUAAAACUUCUGUUGCUAAAAUGCCAUUUUAACAUCUUGCCUACCCUAAAUGAAUGCACAGGGAAAUGCACAGCACGAUGUAAGCAGAUGUCUUUUAGGCCACACACUUUUCUUCUAAACAACUGUGCAUAAUAUGACUCCUCCUUCUAUUUUAAUGCCUCAAUGUACAGUGAGAAUUUGUUCAUUCCUCUGCCAAAGUGCCUCACAUCUGACCCCCCCCUCAAAAAAAAAGCAACUUGGGUUGGGGCAGAGAGAAAUCUGUAGUUGGCCCCUCUGGUGCUGCCCACCAAAGAACACAUACAACAUUUUUUACUUAACUAAAAGAGAAGCUGCACUUUGCUUUUGUAGAAUAGCUCAGAUUUUUCUCAUCUUCUAUAAAAAUAGUUUUCCUGUACUGCAGUGUUUCCAAUUCUACAAACUAUUGAAAGUAAGACUUCCCAUUAGCUUUAUUGCAGUGCUUUGCUGUUCUGAUUUGAUCAAACAUUUAAUUGAAUUUAAUAGUGAUUUAUACAGAGUUUUUUUUCAUAAUUAACUAUUUUUAAACAGAAUUAUUGCCCUGUAAUGGUUAAAAAAUACAGAUCCAUACUUCUCGGUGUUCUAGAUGUUUGAGUAUAUUAGUUUUGGUUUACUAUCAAAUAUAUUCUGCACAUGGAAUAUAACAAUAACAUUAUCUUGUGAAGCUGUAAAUACUUCUAUAUUACUAAAGACCAAUAAGAAUGUAAAUGCCAUAAUUUUGCUUAUAACUGUUUGACUCCUGUGGAAAUCUGUUCAUUAUUCAGAGUAUAAAUAACCUCAAUUUGACUUCAGUAUUAAAUAUUUUAAAUAUAUGGUUUACAUUUAAAUUAUCCUAUUUUAAAACAGUUUGGGGGAUCUUGCGAUGCUCAAUAAAGCUAUUUUUAAAACUU